GCACUGCUCCACAGUUGCGCGAGGAAACUCAACCGUUGAUAAGCGGUAGCUGCAAACGCACAUUUGGGCAUCAGAGGUGUGGCUGAGGUCCGCGCUUUGCGGCUUUACUGGAUUGCUGUGUUUUGUUGUUUCCCUUUCUCAUUUAGCCCUUUCACGCGCCUCGGCAGCGCUUCACAAUGUCGCUCGCGGUCUUCUCGCAGAACUCCUUGGCGGCGGUGGUGCGCAACCUCCGCGGUGCGCCAGCGGGCACGGAGGAGGAGGCCAUGGAUAAGUACAUCGCGGAGACGAAAAACGAAGUCAACGGCGCCGACCCCCGCGUGAAGAUCGCGGCCAUCCAGAAGGCGACGUACUUCCACAUGUUGGGCUACAGCUCGCAGUACGCGAACUUCCGUGUCGUCGAGAUGAUGGCCAGUCCGGUGUUUCUGCACAAGCGCAUCGCCUACCUCGCGGCGUCUCUCACCUUCACGGAGGACACCGACGUCAUUCCACUCAUGACCGCGUCGCUGAAGCGCGACCUUAGCAGCGGGAAUCAAUACGAGGUGGGCCUCGCGCUCUACUGCAUCGCCUCCAUCUGCACCGCCGACAUGGCGCAGGAUGUCGUGGCGGAUGUGGUGAACCUGCUGAGCCACCCACGGUCGUACGUGCGCAAGAAGGCGACGCUCAGUUUGUAUCGCAUCUUCCUCAGCUACCCCGAGUCGCUCCGACUGACCUACGGCAAGUUGAAGGAGAAGCUGGAAGACAACAGUGAAAGGUCCGACACGGACCCCGCCGUACGCGGGGCCGUCGUGUGCGUCUUGUGCGAACUGGCGCGUCGCAACCCGGCCAACUUUUUAGGCCUCGCGGUCCCCUUCUACUCUUUUCUCUCGUCGGUGCACAGCAACUGGACUCUUAUUAAGAUUGUGAAGGUGUUUGGCUACUUUGCACCGCUCGAGCCACGACUCGGCAAGAAGCUCGUGGAGCCCAUGACAAACCUGAUCAACACGACGAGCGCCCAGUCUGUGCAGUACGAGUGCCUGCUAGCCGUCGCUAACGGCUUAAGUCGCGUCUCUUCGCUGACGACGCUGACGGUGGAGAAAAUUCGGGGGUUUGUCGAGGACAGCGACCCAAAUUUGAAGUUCCUUGGGCUGGAGGUGUUCUCACUGCUGCUGGCGGCGUCCGCAGAGAACCGCAAGUUGCUCGCCGAUCAACGCGAAAUAGUGCUGUCCUGCCUGGACGACCCUGACAGCACCAUCCGCCUCAAAGCUCUGCGCGUGCUGCAGGGACUGACAACGCGCAAGACGGUCGUGUCGCACGUCAAUCACAUGCUGGACCGAUGCGUGCGCACGCCGCCCGAUGAGGCGUGGUCGAACGCCGUCAUCUGCGCCAUCACCGAAACAGCGCAGACGAACGACUACGAAUGGAUUCAAGACUUUGAGUGGUACUUGGGUGUGCUGCUGGACCUCUGCGUGGUGGAGCUGACGACUUACGCGCAUGGUGCCUUCAUGGAGCAGGAGCUCGUGUGCAUCCUCUCGCGCGUGAACGGAGUGCGGAGGGCCGGGGUGGAGGAGAUGGCGCCGCUGCUGCGCGAUGUGCGGCUUCUCAGCUGUGACAGGGUGCACUCGACGCAGUGGCGUAUUCUGUGUGCGGCCGCUUUCGUGUGUGGAGAGUACCCGCACUGGGUGCCGGACAUCACGGAGACGUGCCGGUGUCUGUUGGACGAGUCCAUGACGUUGAUGCCGGCCGACGUGCAGCUUGCCUGCGUGGUGGCGGUGGGGAAGAUGGCCGCCUACGUCUACCAACCCUGCGCGCGGCACCUCGAGUUGUGCAAUGGCGAGGAGGACUGCCGCGGGGCGGACGAGGAGCCGCACCCGCCACCCUCUCUGGAGGAGCUGACGAGGCUCGUCUUACUCCCCGAGGACAAGGACGAAGACGGCGCACCGGGGAGCAGUCCGGCAGACUCACAAAAAGGAACCGCUAUUGCGAACACGGCGGCGCAGCAGCAGCACCGGGGUCUGCGCCGCUUCUGCCACAGCACCUACCCGAGCGUGCUGGAGCGGGCGCACCUCGUCCACUAUCAGAUCGUCUCCCACGCGGAGAUCGGGCCAAAGUUGUUUGAGGUGGUGCUGCUGCCCGUCGCGGCGGGGGCGCAGGACUCGAUCGAGGUGCCAGCAGACGUCGACCUCGACGCCCCGUUCUGCGACAACGUCGCGGCGCUGAUGGACCUCAGCGGCAGCGACGACGACGACGAGCAGCGCGACACCGCGCUGGACGUGGACGACUUCAACUACAACCUCGAGUACCGCAUCGAGCAGCAGCGACGCACCGAGCAGGCGCGGAGAGAGGAGAUGUCCGCCUACUACCUCCGCGACUCCGGCGAUAUGGCCGCGUCUGAAAUGGACGACUUCGCUGCCACCGCCGGGUCUUCGCCGCUGUCGCGCUCCGCAAAGCAAAUUGGACGGCACAAUGACUCCUUCGCGACGGACUCGUCUAGCUCCCCCUCGCAGCAGCAGUUGCAGCAGCAUUCCCGCACGAGGCGCCCGCAGAAGGUGCACAGCAUUAACCGCCAGCUGUCGAAGCCGGCUAACUACCACGAAAAGAAUCCGUCGAACGCCCGACGUUCACGCACGCCGGAGGAGGACGAGGCGACGCGGAAGCUGCGCGGCAUCGACGUGACGCGGGCCCUCCGCGCAGACGAACGCCUGCCCCAAACGCUCUCGUACGCGCAGCUCCUGCAGCAGCAGCAACAGCGGGGCGGCGCACUUGGCUCUGCCCACUCUCGCGCGGAGCAGCUCGCAGCAGCACAGGCUGUGGAGGCGGCCGCGGUGACCCUUUACGACAAGUCACCGCUGCGGCUGCUCCUCACGCUGUCGAGCUGCAAGCUGCGCAGGGGCGGCAUUCAUCUUGGCUGCAUCGCGGUGUGUACGAAUAGAACGAGCAGCAGCGCCGUACGCGAUGUGCAGAUGACCGUGGCGCCCUCGGACGGUUUUGCGGAGGGCAGCGUCCUGCUGCGUGCGGUGGACGCCGGCAAGCACGGAGAGGCAGGAGCGACGGACAGCAAGGAGGGCGGCACGUCGCUGCGCAUUGCCGAGAAGCUGAGGGGGACCGCAACGGUGGACGUGCCGCUGGAACUAGUCCUCGCCCCGCAGCUGCCGCCCUCGUUCACCGAAACGCCGGUCCUGUUCACCUUGUCCUGGACAGCCGAGCGAAAGCGGCAGGAGGCAGUCGUGUCACUCCCGCUUGAGUACCUGUACUUCACGAAGCCCGUCCCGCCGCUCGCGGUGCCCACCUCGUCCCAGUACCUGGAGGAGGUGGUGGGCAACGCGCUCGCCACGACGCCCAUCGCGAGCGCCUUCGUGCCGUGCUCAAAGACAGCGAUCGCGACGGGUGUGAGGGCCUGCAUGUCACAUCUGCGUCUUGUCGCCGUCGACGUUUUCAAGGACGCUGCGACCCUUUAUGGGCUGCUGCACGGCCGUAAGUCGGAGCUGUCCUGCACACACGUGGCGGUGCUGCUGCAGGAACAGGUGGUGGAGAAGACAAAGGGGAUGCUGAUAACGGUGCGGUGCCACUACCCGGCGUUAAGUGAGGCUCUCAUUCUCAAGAUGGCUGAGAUUAUCGGGGCCAGCUAG